UACGGACGCCUGGCAGCUCUCGGGGAAUUCGUGCGCAUUUUCGAGGUCACACAAAUCGAUUUAAGUAAUUAUUUCCCAAUGUGGUUAGCGAAGAUAAUAAGGUUUGAAUAAUUUAAAGACAAUACAAGUAAAAACAAGGGCAGAGUGUUAUGAGGGACUGGCGGCCAUUCUGUUACGGAGGGGUGGCUUCUGUGAUAGCAGAAUGUGGCACAUUCCCAAUAGAUACAACCAAGACGCGCCUCCAGAUCCAGGGACAGAAGAUUGACGCCCAGCAUGCUCAGCUCAAGUACAGGGGGAUGAUGCAUGCUGUCAUCAGAAUAUCCUCAGAGGAGGGGUUGAGAUCUCUAUACUCAGGUAUUGCACCAGCAUUGCUUCGCCAAGCCUCAUAUGGGACAAUAAAGAUUGGAAUUUAUCACUCAAUGAAGAGGUAUUUUUGCGCAGAUCCUAAAGAUGAGAGUCUCCUAGUCAAUGUGUUCUGUGGUAUAGUAGCCGGUGUUGUUUCAAGCUCACUUGCCAAUCCCACAGAUGUGCUCAAGGUCCGUAUGCAGGCCCAAGGUCACUCUAGUGAACAACUAGGGGUGUUCCAGUCUUUUAAAGAUAUUUACACCAAGGAGGGAGUAAAGGGGCUCUGGAGGGGAGUGAGUUGCACCGCCCAGCGAGCAGGGAUCGUAGUGGGUGUGGAACUACCGAUAUAUGAUUUAGCUAAAUACCUUUUCAUCCACAAGUAUGGCAUCAUGGGUGACACCCCAUCCACACAUUUUAUAUCGAGCAGUAUAGCUGGUCUAGCUGGUGCUAUAGCCUCUAACCCUGUUGAUGUAGUUAAGACUCGGAUGAUGAACCAAAGAAAACUAAAGGGAAAACAAGCCAAAGCAAUUUACAGUAGUUCAGUGCAGUGUUUGGUGCAGACCGUCAGGACAGAAGGUUUUUUUGCACUGUACAAAGGAUUUAUACCUACAUGGGUUAGGUUAGGUCCUUGGAACGUAAUUUUCUUUAUGGCUUAUGAACAGCUGAAUAAAGUAUACUGACCACAAAGAAAGCAUUUUCUCAUCCAUAUAUCAUGAGCACUGACAGACCACCGUGAAAAACCAAGAAUUAUAACGUUAUUAUAUAAUUUAUCACAAGUUCACCACCAUCGGGUCAUCAACAGGUGCUUGGCUCUUGUUAUGCAGGAAUUACAUUUGGAUCUGAAUCUCUUCAGAUAUCAGAUAUCAGCAUUUUGCUUUCAUUCCCCAUUGAGGAGUAGCCGAAGGUGCAGCUUCAUUGAAGAAAGCCUAUGGAGAGUUUGUGAAGGAUGACAAUAUGUUUGGGAUGUUGUCUGUCAAAAUUUGUGUCUUUACACAUGGAAGUCCCUUGGGGACAGUCCCUGUUCCAUUUGUGUCUAAGACUGGGUUAUCAUGCCUAGAUCAAUCUAACAGGAUCGAUCCAUCUCCAAGGGGUUUCUCGCCAAAUUGCUGUUAGCUUCAGUGGCUUAGAUGUCUGGCACGCCUAUUGAAGCCACUGAACGAUAGCAUCAGUGGUCAUAUGAGAUGUCUAAGGGUGCAUUCCAAGAGAUUUAGAUAGAUCCAGGGAUUAAGAUUUAGAUCUACCUAACUCCUUGGGGG